AUGAUGCGACAAGCAGUUCCUGGAUUACGCAGCAUAACUUUUUAUACGUACGAUGAAUCUUUCAAUGGGGCAGAUGUUUUCACACAAAAAGUUGAUAAAAAGGUUUUCGAUAAACUCUCAACUGAUAAGCAAUUUGCCUCAAAUCCAAAAGCCUUAGAAAGUUCAUUAGAGUUUCUAGAUUUACUUGAUGGGCGUUGUGAUAUACAGUUGAAAUGUGAAAAGAAAGAAUGUCCUACUUGUCCUACAAAAGACUGUCCAAAAUGUGGCACAGUCCCAACUUGUGGAACAACACCGUUCAUACGGACAACUCCCAGAACUACUACAUAUCCUAGAACAACAACUUCAAGAAUAACAACUAGAACUCCUAGAACUUUUCCCACUCCGACAGUUACAACUUCCAGAAAGACAACUCCCACAGUUACAACUACUAGAAAGACAACUCCUACAACUUUUACCACUCCGACAGUUACAACUUCCAGAAAGACAACUCCCACAGUUACAACUACUAGAAAGACAACUCCUAGAACUUUUACCACUCCGACAGUUACAACUUCCAGAAAGACAACUCCUAGAACUAGAACCUUUAAUCCUCCUACGACUAAAACAACUAAAAUAACUACCCCGGGUCCCCCAUACUUGCCGUUGGAAACUAAACCCCCAACAACAAGAAUACCCUGGACCGGACCCACUAGAUCGCACCCACGCCCUAGUUUUGUGUACGGUUUCACAUUAGGAUACGUAAACAAUACCAACACAGCUACAUAUCCAACUGUAAUUCGUCCGUCAACUACACGUGUUCCAAAAUACAAAAAGGUCGCAUUAGAUGGAACUGAACACUUAGUUCCAAAUUAA